AAAGCCGUGAGUUGUGCGGUUUGGAUGGAGCUGCAGUGACAGAGCUGUGUGUAGGGUCUCUCUCACCAUGUCGACCCCGGAUAGUCCUGACGGAUGUCUCCUCCCCACACACCUCGACAGUGAUGAUUUGAAAUUUCCACAUGAUGACGUGGACUCCAUCCUCGACUACGAUGAAAAUGUUUCUCCCUUCCUCGUGGUCUAUGAUCUGCAGCCUCUCAAGCACCAGAAAGCAGUGUUCCUGAAGGGGGUUCCAGUAACGGCUCAUAUAGCUGAGACAGAGCGAUACACAAGUGGCUCAAAGGUUCGCACUAGUACUCUGUAUUCAGUACAUCUCACCCACGGCCCUUUCACAUGGACAGUAAAGAAGAAAUACAAGCACUUUCAGGAGCUCCACCGCGAUCUCCUUAGACGCAAGAUUUUUGUCAGUCUUUUUCCUCUCAAUCCAUUGACACGUUUUACAGUUGCAAGAUCCCGUGCUGAGACCACUUCAUCGGAGAUACCAUCUUUGCCCCACGCCUCUGGGGAAUCCUCACGAAGGACCGCAAGCAAGCAGAAGUACCUCGCCGAGUACCUGAAUGUGCUGCUUGCCACCUCUUUUUAUCGUAAUUACCAUGCUAUGAUGGAGUUUCUUGAUGUCAGCCAGCUGUCCUUCAUUGCAGACCUCGGACCAAAAGGACUGGAAGGUUUAAUACUGAAGCGCUCUGGGGGUCAUCGUUUUCAAGGACUGAACUGCUUUGGUCAUCAUCAGAUCUGCUACCGGUGGUCCAAGAGGUGGUUGGUGGUCAAAGACUCUUUCCUUCUCUAUCUAAAACCAGACUCUGGAGAAAUCUCCUUUGUGCUAUUGUUCGACCCUGGAUUCAGCACAGACAUUGGGAAGAAACCGACAGAGACCAAGUAUGGUGUCAGGAUAGAUAAUUACUCGAGGACACUGAUACUAAAGUGCAGCAAUUACCGUCAGGCACGCUUUUGGGGUCAGCAGAUAAAGGAAAUUGCUGAGGAUGAAGGGAAAGAUUUCCUACGAGUUCAUCGAUUUGAUGCAUAUUCUCCUUUGAGGGAGAAAACCCCAGUAAAAUGGUUUGUGAAUGGCGCCACAUAUUUUUCUGCAGUAGCUGAUGCCUUAAUGGAGGCAAAAGAAGAAAUAUUUAUUACUGACUGGUGGCUCAGCCCAGAAAUCCAUCUUAAACGACCGUCUUUAAAUGAUGAUUUUAGGCUGGACAUUAUCCUGAAACAUAAGGCGGAGGCUGGGGUGCGGGUCAGUAUCCUGCUGUUUAAGGAGAUGGAGAUGGCUCUUGGCAUUAACAGCGGCUACAGCAAAAGAGCUCUGAUGCUACUACACCCCAACAUUAAGGUAAUGCGCCAUCCAGAUCACGUGUCUUCUAUAGUGUUUCUCUGGGCACAUCAUGAGAAGAUGGUGGCUAUUGACCAAUCUGUGGUAUUUCUGGGUGGUCUGGACCUGGCAUAUGGAAGGUGGGAUGACCACAGUUACCGACUGACAGAUGUGGGAUCUGGGGAACCAAAACAGAAUGGAAAUCCAGAACCGGCCGUUUCUCUGGAAGAAUCUUCUCCAGUUUCCCAAAUAUGGCUGGGCAAAGAUUACAGCAACAUGAUCUUCAAAGACUGGGUGCAGCUGGAUAAACCGUUUGAAGAUUUCAUUGACCGUAAGAAAAACCCAAGAAUGCCGUGGAGGGAUGUGGGGGUUGUGAUCCAUGGGAAAGCUGCCCGAGAUGCCUCACGACACUUUAUCCAAAGAUGGAACUUUACAAAGAACAUCAAGUCGAAAUAUAAAGGUCGUUCUUUCCCUUUUCUGCUGCCGAAGUCUCAGAGCACGGCUGACAAGCUGCAUUAUACAGUGCCGGGGUCACACAGCGCUCAAGUGCAGUUGCUGCGGUCGGUGGAUGGCUGGUCAGCUGGAUGCAGUGAAUGUUCCAUUCUCAACGCGUACGUACGCUGCAUAUCGGAGGCAGAACACUACGUGUAUAUAGAGAAUCAGUUCUUUAUUAGCUGUACAGCCAGUGGGACCAUUCAUAAUACUAUAGGGGAUGUCAUAGUACAGAGAAUACUGCGCGCAUACAGCACUAAUACCACGUUCCGAGUGUUCAUUGUGAUCCCACUGAUCCCUGGGUUUGAAGGCAACAUUAAUGUAGGAGGAGGAAAUUCAAUACAGGCAAUCCUGCACUUUACAUUCAGCACUAUUUGCAGAGGAGACAACUCUAUCAUCUCCCGUCUGAAGGAAAAGAUGGGCGACAGCUGGCGGUCGUAUCUCUCAGUAUGUGGUCUACGUACACAUGGCGAAAUGCCAGACGGGUCGCUUGUUACCGAGCUCAUUUACAUACACAGCAAGCUGCUAAUUGUGGACGAUCGAAAAGUCAUCAUCGGCUCUGCUAAUAUUAACGACAGGAGCAUGAUGGGAAAGAGGGACAGUGAGCUGGCAGUCAUUGUAGAAGACACAGAAUUUGUUAGUUCAGUGAUGGAUGAGAAGCCGUACCAGGCGGGCAAAUUCGCUCACGGUCUCCGUAUGGACUGUUUCAACACUCUCCUGGCGGCGCACUCUUCCCCCGCUCUGGAUGUCUCUGAUCCGCUCAGUGAUUGUUUCUUUACUGAUGUUUGGUGUCAGACGGCCCUUAAUAAUUCAGCUCUUUAUGACCAGGUAUUCCGCUGUCUUCCUACUAAUGCUGUGCAGAGUCAUCGUGCCCUACGGGAAUAUACGGUGGUGCCCAGUUUAGCUACCACCGAUUCUGACUUAUCUCGAGAGAUGUUGACCAGGAUCAGAGGACAUCUUGUGGAGUUCCCACUUUACUUCCUGUCGUCAGAGAAUCUCCUGCCACCCCUCAACAGCAAGGAAGGGGUGAUUCCCACAGAUGUGUGGACAUGAUCCCACAAGAACAUUAUUCACAUAGAGACCAAAACCUGUUCAACCAUGGGACUAACUAAAAUUUUCAAAUUUAAAUACGUUGAAUAAUUCCAGCUCUUCCACUAAAACCACACAUGGCAUCAUGUACUAAUUCCAGCUCUACACACACAGCAUCUUGUACUAAUCCCAGCUCUACACACACACAGCAUCCUGUACUAAUCCCAGCUCUACACACACACAGCAUC